AUGAGUUUACAAGACUCAGUUAUGGAAAGCGAAAUCUCAGAAAACGAGCAGUCAAAUAUUCAUGACGACGCGCAGCACUUAAGUGAAGUUAUAAAGCAAGAGCGCUUUGAAACCGCAAAGUCAUUGAAACGUGAAAUAUGUAUCCAAUGUCAUGAUAAAAUUCGUUUUGAUAAUUGGCUAAAAUGCUUGAAACUGCGAUAUUGGAUUGACUUUGGGAAUCAGGAUAAGUACAACGUAAAUUGGAAACAGAAACUCAAUUUGGAAGGCAACUUAGUCGAUAUUAUUAUUACGUUAUGCCAAAGUCUAGAAGAAGACGAAUUAUUUGCCAGUCAAAGCGAUACUGAUCCGCUUUUCUCAAUAUAUGUUGAUAUACCAAGAAUGAAGUUAACUAUCCAAGGACGAUACAGGAAAUUCUGGAAAAAAACAGAAUUUAUUAAGCUACAAGAUCUGGUAUCGGAAUUCUGCGCAACAGGAGAACUGACGAACCCAACAGCAAGCGAUCUCUUCACGAAGGUGUUUUAUUGUAACGAUGAUAAUGCAACAAAGUCGACCGCAAUGUUAAACCUAGACGGAGUUUCGUUAGACGGAUACGUUGUGUCCGAUGUUGAGAGCAUAGAUUCUAAUGACGUCCAAACAACUCCAUUUACUAGAAAAACCAGAGUUUCAUCUCCCCUAAAACCACGCCAUACUUCAAAUAAAUUUUCAAAAUGUAAUAACAAGUCACCACUCAAAAAUUCUGUACAGAAGAAGGUCAAGUCAACAGUUUCCAGUGACCAAAGUUUAGAACUGGGCAAAAUUAUAGAUCACUUAAAUGAAAUUAAUAAGCGUGUUGAUACACAUGAAAAUUUUAUCAACAAACUAGACAAAGAUUUGGCCUUGUCGGAUUUUGAAAUAAACAUCUUAAAUGAUAGACUAGCAGAAGCACAUAUAAACGAUUUACCAAGCACUUUGAACAGCCACCUAAAGCAUGAACUGACCGUUGUAAGGAACGAAAUGAACCAACUUAGAGAUGAAUUUAGCACGAAAGUUAGCAAGGCUGAGUCUGAGUUAAUUAAGAUACGUGGCAGAGUUGGAUCGUUACUUGAAGAGAAAGGCAACCUCGUUAAAAAAGUCAAAGAGCUAGAAAUUCAGAAUGAAUCUUUAAAGGGCCAAGUUUUAUCGUUGCAUGACAAUUUUGUAAAGCAACACAGCGAAAUUUUACCACCGGAGACUUUGCGGGCGGAAAUUCCACCGGAGAUUAAGGUAACAAAUCCGACAAGUCCUGUCACAGUAAGCACUCCUCAAGACCGACAUCAUGCUCCUAUUACAAGCGAAGAGAUAUCAACUGCAGAGCCCACCGCUAUUCAACAGAAAGGAAACGGAGAACCCCAGGAUAAAAGUCUUGUGGAUAAUAAAGAUAAUGAGAUACACGACUAUGAUUUUGUUAUGUUGUGCGACUCUAAUAGAAAGUUUUUAAACAUAAAUAGACUUUGCAACAAUAGAAACAGUAAAAUGAUACCAUGUAACACGACAACUAAAGCCAUGGAAAUUAUCGACACCCCCAGAUUUAAGGUCAACAAAGGUUUGAUCAUUAACACAGGUGUAAACGAUGUUGAACAUCUCACGCCGGAAGAAAUUAUAAACAAUCAAAUUAAAUUAGUAGAGAAAGCUAUGUCAGCCUUUCCUAAUGCAAAAAUAAUCCUUUCUGAUAUCACUCCUAGAGAUGAUAAGUUUGAUGACGAAGUGCCCAGAAUCAAUGAUGAUAUUGAUAAA